UAUUUUCUGAAAAACAGUAUGUACAGCUACUGACAGAAGUCUGACGUUCGAGACUAUGACAGGCGUACUAGCGUACUAGUAUGCUACGCCACGCCUCGUAAAAUCCUCGGCAUUACUCGGCAACUUCCGCUGGUUCUCGGCAAUUUUCGUAGUGACGAGUUCAUCAUGGCGGACAAGCUUCCAUGGGGCUUGAAAAGCGAGGGUCUAACUCCAGGCUCAAUGAAGAAUGUAAAGAAAGGUACUGGUACAUCCAUGUUGCAGACCAUUUCUGAACAGAAGCUGAAGGCCUUCAGCGUGGGACGCAUGAACCAGAAGAAAACACUCAGCAAAAAGGAGCAAGAGGAACUCAAGAAGAAGGAGGAGGAAAAGGCAGCUGCCCAGGUGUUUGAAGAGUUUGUGGCAUCGUUUGAAGACAGUGCCAGCCAAGGACCAAAAACAUGGGUUCGGGGGAACACCAUCAACCCAGAAACCAAAAAAGAGACUACUUCUUCCAAGAAAGGAUCUCUGUACAAGCCUGCGUCCAGACUACCACUCCCAGAGCCUUCCAUCUCCGCUAUCAUGAAACGGGAGCAAGAGAAGAAAGCGGAGAGUGCAAAGAAGAAGAAAGAAAAAGACAAGAAGAAAAGUAACCUGGAACUGUUCAAGGAGGAACUUAAAAUUAUUCAGGAGGAGAGGGAAGAGAGACAUCGACUGAAAAAGCAGAUGUUCGGUGGGGUUAGUGAUCUGGCCGGGCGGCAAAGCAGAUUCGAACCCCUCAUGCUGGAGGACUACCAGUCUGGAUCACACGAUACAGGGGACCCCACAACCACAAACUUGUAUAUAGGAAACAUUAACCCAAAGAUGACAGAAGAGAUGCUGUGCCAGGAGUUUGGGAAGUUUGGACCGUUAGCUAGCGUGAAAAUUAUGUGGCCCAGAACAGAGGAGGAAAGAGCCAGGAACAGGAACUGUGGCUUUGUAGCAUACAUGAACAGAAAGGAUGCAGAGAGAGCACUCAAUUCUCUGAGAGAUAAGGAAAUUAUGAGUUUCAAGAUCCAGCUGGGCUGGGGCAAGGCGGUCCCCAUUCCUCCUCACCCUGUGUACAUUCCUCCAGCCAUGGUUGAGCUAGCCCUCCCCCCACCCCCGGGGCUGCCUUUUAACGCACAGCCCAAACAGCCGCUCCCUCCGGACAAGCGCCCACCCCCCGGGAUGAUACUGAACGGACCUCCCCCAGGCAUGCCGCAGGAGGAGUUUGACCAGACCUUGUACAACGCCGUUGUCAAAGUGGUUAUCCCCACAGAAAGGCCGCUCCUACAACUGAUCCACCGUAUGAUCGAGUUUGUCGUUCGCGAGGGACCCAUGUUUGAGGCUAUGAUCAUGAAUAGGGAGAUUAAUAACCCUAUGUUCAGGUUCCUGUUUGAGAACCAGAGCCCUGCACACGUGUACUACAGAUGGAAGCUCUUCUCCAUCCUGCAGGGAGACUCCCCUCAAAAGUGGAAGCCACAAGAGUUCCGAAUGUUCAAGAGCGGGUCCCUGUGGCGCCCUCCUCCCAUGAACCCGUAUCUACAGGGCAUGCCCGAGGAUGUGGUUACCACGGAGAUGCACGAUGAACCAAUCAAACGAGGAGCUCUAAAAGACAAUGAUCGAGACAAGUUAGAGGACCUUCUCCGUGGACUGAACCCAGAGAGACCGAAGGUGGCAGAGGCCAUGUUGUUCUGCCUGGACCAUGCUGAUGCAGCUGAGGAGGUAGUGGAGUGCAUCGCAGAGUCCCUGUCCAUUCUUCAGACUCCUCUGCCAAAAAAGAUCGCCCGGCUGUACCUAGUGUCAGACAUCCUCCACAACUCAUGUGCAAAAGUGCCCAAUGCCUCCUUCUACAGGAAAUUUUUUGAAGGGAAACUGCCCGAGAUCUUUGCUGAUGUCUGUGGUGCAUAUAAGAACAUACAGGGUAAAAUGAAAGCAGAACAGUUCAAGCACAAGGUGAUGAGUUGCUUCCAUGCCUGGGAAGACUGGGCCAUCUAUCCCGAGAGUUUCCUCAUCAAACUACAGAACAUCUUCCUGGGACUAGAGACCUUGUCUGACGAGGGAGAGAGGGAAAAGGGUGGAGACACACCACCCACUGGUGCCACCAGGGAACUGUUGAUGCCAACACAGCCUAGUCAGCUGGACACCAAGGCCACUAAGCAUGAACCAAAGGAGGAGAGAAGAGUGGGUGAGCCAGGUCCCACCCCUGCUGUAGAGAUAGACGGUGUUCCUAUCAUGCCCAAGUCUAGCCUGGACUUCGAUGUAGAUGGAAUUCCUAUCAAGGAAGCAGAAGACAUAGAUGGAAUACCCAUAGGAGUCGGUGAUAGUGUGGAUGGAAUGGUCAUGAAGGUGGAAGAUAUAGAUGGAAAACCAAUUGAUGACGACUUGGACGGACAACCUAUGAAGGAAGAGCCAGUCUUCAAGGUGGCUCCAUCCAAAUGGGAAACUGUGGAUCCGUCAGAUAUUGAGGCACAAGCCAUGACAACAUCUAAAUGGGACCUAUUGGAGCAGCAAGAUGAAGAUGAUACAGACAAGGAUGACAAAUCACAGGACUCGAACGACCCAGACAAAGCAGCUGACGAUGAUGAUGUGGAUGGUAUGCCGUUGGAGGACGAUACCCAGGAUUCCAUGGGAAGGGACUACGACUCCAGGAGGGAGGUUCCUCCCGAUAUCGCCGCAGAACUCAAGAUGACGGAAAUGUCUGAGGAGAAGAGAGCAAGACUUCGGGAAAUCGAGAUGAAGGUAAUGAAGUACAUGGAUGAGUUGGAGUCAGGAAAGCGGAGUCGGAAAUCUGGCAUGUCCAUGUCCCAACAGGUCCAACACUACAGAGGCAAGCUACUGGAGAGGGAGAGAGAGAGGGAGAUAGAAAAGAUAAAAGAAAGACACCGUCUGGAGAGGCUGAAGGAGAAAGAGGACGCGUCCUCGCAGGACUCCUCUCCUCACCGCGAGAAGAAGCGCAGGAGAAGUCGCAGCCACUCCGCCAGCCCCUCCCCGGGGAAGAGGUACAGCUCAAGGUCGGGGUCCCCAAGGUCAGAGAAGUCAGAGAGACACAGAACAGAACGACCUGAGAGAAGAUCGAGGUCGCAGUCUGGCUCUCCAUCCUCACACAGGACAAGCUCCCCCACCUCCACUAGCAGUCGCAAGAAGAAACGCUCCAAGUCCAGGUCGCCUAGAAGGUCACGCAGGUCAAGGUCGCCCAAGUCUCCCCGAAGGUCGAAGAGCUCCAGGUCCCAAUCGCCGUCCUCGGCCAGGAAACAUAGUGUCAAGUCCAGGUCCAGAUCCCCACACAAGAAGUCGAAUUCCCACAAACACAAGAAGAGUAAACACUGACCAGUCCUGUAGUCCUCUUUACUUUAGAGACAUCCAAUGCAAUUUCAGGGUGGUAAAACAAAAAAAUAUUCUGGACGAAGAAAUCGGUCUGCUAUUGACAUUUCCUGCCAUUUCUUAGCACAUUUUGUCAUCAUUUCAUACUUGAAGCAUUUGAAAUAGCCCCAAAACAAGCUAAGCAAGGCAUCUUUUUACUUGUUGGGUACCACCCAUAAAUAGCUAGAGCCAGCCUACAAUACGAAACAAGCAACUGUUUUCCUCGUAGGUAAAACUGUUUAAUAUGGGAUAGGAUUGAUAUUCAACUUCAUAUAUUAAAAGAAUGGCAAGAAAAUUGACUUCAAAACUCCAGUUUUGCUGCCCUGAAAUUGCACUGAAUGCCUAAAACAGGCAGGAAGAUUACUUGUAGGUACAUUUGUCUCAGAACUGGAAGACAAAGACUGGACUAUUGUAGUUUUGUACAAAGUUGUUUGUGUAUAAAAUGUUUCCGGACUAAUUCUACGUCAACCCUAACAUGAACUCGCCCAGCCUUUAUGUGUGUUGAAAAAUUGUUUUUUUUUUCUCUCGAAUAAGUCAAACCCUCGCAGCUUUCACUGCCUGUGAUUGUUGAUAUCAAUUCUACGUGUAUAAAAGCAGGGAUCUGUGUGUAUGUCCACGCACAUACAUGUAUCAUGACGAACUCUUAAGGCCACUUAUUCUGGUUAGCUAUAUCUGACAUUACAGUGUGUAAUUACAAUAACUUGUCCAAUGUACGUUGGUGCAUUUGCUACAAGGACAAUUACAUAUUUCCCAAUACGUGUACGAUCCCUAUUUUCUGUCUGCAUUGUCAGAAAAAUUAUCCAUGUUGGUGUACGGAUGCCCGGAGUUUAUUACAUCUGCUUGUGUCAAGACAGUAGACAAAUGUUUUUGAACACACAAAUGCAACCAGACAUGGCAUGUAAAAGAUACAUACGGAGUUAUAGAAUGUUUAUAUCAAACACCAGAUGAAAAAUGAUCUGUUGAUUAAAUGUCAGUUAAAAAUUAAACUGUACUGGAACUCUCA